ACGCUGUACCUCGUGGGAAGAUGACGAUGUGCCAAGGAGAGCGGCCUAUGCUUACACUGCUUUGGAUUUUCGUGGCCACAGCAGGCUGCCUUCCUGAUUUGAAUGAGGUUCCUCAGGUCACCGUCCAGCCCACGUCCACUGUCCAGAAGCUGGGAGGAACUGUGAUCCUGGGCUGUGUGGUGGAGCCACCAUGGGUGAACGUGACUUGGCGCUUCAACGGGAAGGAGCUAAAUGGCUCUGAUGAUGUUCUGGGUGUCUUCAUCACCCGUGGGACCCUUGUUAUUGCUGCCCUCAACAACCACACUGUGGGACGGUACCAGUGUGUGGCUCGGAUGCCUGCGGGAGCUGUGGCCAGUGUGCCAGCCACGGUGACACUAGCCAAUCUCCAGGACUUUAAAUUAGAUGUGCAACAUGUGAUCGAAGUAGACGAGGGGAACACAGCCGUCAUUGCCUGCCACCUGCCUGAGAGCCACCCAAAAGCCCAGGUCCGGUACAGUGUCAAACAGGAGUGGCUGGAGGCCUCUAGAGACAACUACCUGAUCAUGCCAUCGGGGAAUCUCCAAAUUGUCAAUGCCAGCCAGGAGGACGAAGGCAUGUACAAGUGUGCCGCCUACAACCCGGUGACCCAGGAAGUGAAAACCUCCGGCUCCGGCGACAGGCUGCGCGUGCGCCGCUCCACCGCUGAGGCUGCCCGCAUCAUCUACCCACUGGAAGCCCAGACCGUCAUUGUCACCAAAGGCCAGAGUCUCAUACUAGAGUGUGUGGCCAGUGGGAUCCCGCCACCUCGAGUCACGUGGGCCAAGGAUGGGUCCAGCAUUGCUGCCUAUAACAAGACUCGCUUCCUGCUGAGUAACUUGCUUAUUGACACCACCAGCGAGGAGGACUCAGGCACCUACCGAUGUAUGGCCAGCAAUGGGGUUGGGGAUCCCGGGGCAGCUGUCAUCCUCUACAACGUCCAGGUGUUUGAACCCCCUGAGGUCACAGUGGAGCUGUCCCAACUGGUCAUCCCAUGGGGCCAGAGUGCAAAGCUCACCUGUGAGGUUCGAGGAAACCCCCCACCUUCUGUCCUAUGGCUGAGGAAUGCGGUGCCCCUCACCUCCAGCCAGCGCCUCCGGCUGUCACGCAGAGCCCUGCGGGUGGUCAGUGUCAGGCCUGAGGACGAAGGCGUGUACCAGUGCAUGGCUGAGAAUGCGGUUGGCAGUGCCCACGCUGUGGUCCAACUGAGGACCGCUCGGCCAGACACAACCCUGAGACCCGGGAGGGAUACCAAGCCGAUUGCUGCCACACCCCCCAUGCUACCCUCCAGACCCAGCAGACCUGACCAGAUGCUUCGGGAACAGCCGGGACUUGUUAAGCCCCCAACAUCGGUACAACCUACUUCCCUGAAGUGCCCGGGAGAGGAACAAGUAGCCCCUGCAGAGGCACCUAUCAUCCUCAGCUCACCCCGGACCUCCAAGACAGAUUCGUACGAGCUGGUGUGGCGGCCUCGCCAUGAGGGGAGCAGCCGGACACCCAUCCUGUACUACGUAGUGAAGCAUCGUAAGGUCACGAACUCCUCUGAUGACUGGACCAUUUCUGGCAUUCCAGCCAACCAGCACCGCCUCACCCUGACCAGGCUUGACCCCGGAAGCUUGUACGAAGUGGAGAUGGCAGCCUACAACUGUGCUGGCGAGGGCCAGACAGCUAUGGUCACCUUCCGAACAGGACGGCGGCCCAAACCGGAGAUCGUGGCCAGCAAGGAGCAGCAGAUCCAGAGAGAUGACCCUGGUGCCAGUCUCCAGAGCAGCAGCCAGCCUGACCACGGCCGCCUCUCCCCCCCAGAAGCUCCAGACAGACCCACCAUCUCCACAGCUUCUGAGACCUCCGUGUAUGUGACCUGGAUUCCCCGAGGGAACGGUGGCUUCCCAAUUCAGUCUUUCCGUGUAGAGUACAAGAAGCUGAAAAAAGUGGGAGACUGGAUACUGGCUACCAGUGCCAUACCUCCCUCGAGGCUCUCUGUGGAGAUCACAGGCCUGGAGAAAGGCAUUUCUUACAAGUUCCGAGUCCGUGCUUUGAACAUGCUAGGGGAGAGUGAACCCAGCGCUCCCUCCCGGCCCUAUGUGGUGUCAGGCUACAGUGGCCGUGUAUAUGAGAGGCCCGUGGCAGGUCCUUACAUCACCUUCACCGACGCAGUCAAUGAGACCACUAUUAUGCUCAAGUGGAUGUAUAUCCCCGCCAGCAACAACAACACCCCAAUCCAUGGCUUCUAUAUCUACUACCGACCCACAGACAGUGACAAUGACAGUGAUUACAAGAAGGACAUGGUGGAAGGGGACAGGUACUGGCACUCUAUCAGCCACCUGCAGCCAGAGACUUCCUAUGACAUUAAAAUGCAGUGCUUCAAUGAAGGAGGGGAGAGCGAGUUCAGCAAUGUCAUGAUCUGCGAGACCAAAGCUCGGAAAUUCUCUGGUCAGCCUGGGAGACCCCCACCCUUGACUCUAGCUCCACCACAGCCUCCACUUAGAAAAAGUAUUCUCAGGCUGUUGGACAGUCACCUCCCUGUCUGUCGCUCUGACACUAUGAGUGUGGGGCUUUAUCCAGCUGUAGGAGGCUAAGUAGCCCUCUGUGUUCUGUUCUCAGAGCAUACAACAGACCUGGGUUUUCCUCAGAGUGCCCUCCUGUCUUCCUCCUGCCAGUACACAAUGGUGCCAUUGGGGGGACUUCCAGGUCACCAAGCCAAUGGGCAGCCCUACCUCGGUGGCGUCAGUGGACGGGCCUGUGUCAGCCGAGUGCACGGAAGCAGGGGCUGCCCCGCUGCUACAGCGGGCUGCCCAGGCAGGAAGCCUCAGCACUGCCCAGGGGAGCUUGCCCAGCGGGAAGACACCAACAGCCUACGGAGUCAGCCCAUUGUUAGCAAUGGAUAUGACCUCCAGAACCAGCAGGUUGCCAGAGGUCCCCAGUCCGCCUCAGAAGGAGGUGCUUUCUUAUACACGCUGCCUGAUGAUUCAACUCACCAGCUGCUCCAACCUCAAGACUGCUGUCACCUCCAGAAGCAACCUGUCACCACGUGCCAAACAGCAGUGAGGCCAACAUCUGAAAGUCCUGGACUAGAAGUGUCAUGGGACCCUCCCUAUCAUUCAGGGUCCCGGGGCUGUUUAGGUCUUGUACCAGUUGAAGAAGUGGACAGUUCUGACUCCUGCCAAGUGGGUGGAGGAGACUGGUGUCCCCAGCACCCUUCAGGGACCUACACAGGACAGGAGCUUGGGAUGCGGUUCUCGCCCCGCCCACCAGUUCAUGUGUCCUUUGAAACACCACCUCCCACAAUUUAGGCCGAAGCUAAUAUCCCAGAAAGACUAUAUAUUGUUUGUUUGUUUGUUUGUGACAGAGAAAAAUUGGUAUUUAUUUUUCUAUUAUAGCCAUAUUUAUAUAUUUAUGCACUUGUAAAUAAAUGUAUAUGUGUUUCUAUAAUUCUGGAGAGAUAUGGAAUCCUCCCCUUUCUGGCACAAGACAGAAAACAAGAGGCUGAGUAACUGGAAAUGAGUACCAUAGAUGGUCAGGCUGCGGAUGGAUCCCAGAGCCUGCAGCUACCGCGGACGCCAGGAGGCCCUUGGGUGGAGGUGGAAGGACCCUAAGCACACUGUUCAUGACGAACACGGGGAUAAAGCAAAGGCCAUGGUGCUGCAGACUGGAGCCACCCGGAAGCCACUCCGAUUUGGUGGCACAGGACAGGUUUCCAAGAUGUCAAGAGAAAGGCCCCAGAUGUGUACAGCACUCUAAGCAUUAACAGUCUCCCAGAACCAAUAAUCGGUGGCAACAUAGCUCUGUAAAAACAAACACUGUAACUUCUAAAUAAAUGUUUAG